AUGGCCGUCAAUAGGAUGAGAAAUGCCUUUGCACCUCCGAAGAAGGGCGAGACAUUCGAGCUACGAGCUGGACUUGUAUCUCAGUAUGCCUACGAAAGGAAAGAGUCAAUACAAAAGACCAUUAUGGCAAUGACUCUGGGCAAGGAUGUCUCUGCACUAUUCCCGGAUGUUCUCAAAAACAUCGCUACUGCAGACCUAGACCAGAAGAAGCUCGUAUACCUCUAUCUAAUGAACUACGCCAAAUCUCACCCAGACCUUUGCAUCCUUGCCGUUAAUACCUUUGUUCAAGACUCUGAAGACCCGAAUCCCCUCAUCAGAGCACUAUCAAUACGAACAAUGGGCUGUAUCAGGGUCGAUAAAAUGGUGGAUUAUAUGGAAGAGCCAUUACGAAAGACCCUUCGGGACGAAUCACCAUAUGUGCGAAAAACAGCAGCCAUCUGCGUUGCCAAACUGUUCGAUCUAAACGCUCCGAUGUGUCUGGAAAAUGGAUUUCUGGAGACGUUGCAGGAGCUUCUCGGAGAUCCGAAUCCAAUGGUGGUAGCUAAUGCUGUCACCGCACUAUCAGAGAUCAGCAAGGCAUCACCCGAGACCAAGGCUUUGCAGAUCACGCCUACGACGCUCAAGAAAAUGCUCAUGGCGCUCAAUGAAUGCACAGAAUGGGGACGAGUUACAAUCUUGACUUCGCUUGCUGAGUACAAAGCUUCAGACGUUAAGGAGGCGGAGCAUAUAUGCGAGCGGGUAUCGCCUCAAUUCCAACAUGUGAAUUCAAGCGUCGUUCUCGCCGCUGUCAAAACAGUCUUCCUGCACAUGCGAUACAUCAGUCCCGAGGCCGUCAAAUCGUAUCUCAAGAAGAUGGCGCCACCACUCGUGACUCUUGUUUCUUCCGCGCCCGAAGUUCAAUACGUUGCUUUACGGAAUAUCGACUUGCUUCUUCAAAAGCAGCCAGAUAUAUUGAGCAAGGAACUACGAGUUUUCUUCUGCAAGUACGACGACCCACCAUAUGUCAAGUUCCAGAAGCUCGAGAUUAUGGUUCGAAUAGCAAACGACAAAAAUGUCGACCAAUUGCUGGCAGAGUUGAAAGAAUAUGCGAUGGAGGUUGACAUGGAUUUUGUUCGUAGGGCCGUGAAAGCGAUUGGUCAGGUGGCGAUCAAGAUUGAAAGUGCCAGUGAACGUUGCGUAAAUGCAAUGCUUGAUCUUAUCAAUCUAAAGGCCAAUUAUGUUGUGCAGGAAGUCAUCAUCGUCAUCAAAGACAUUUUCAGAAAAUAUCCAGGUUACGAGGGCAUUAUUCCGACACUCUGCAAAUGUAUUGAUGAGUUGGAUGAGCCCAACGCCAGGGGCUCGUUGAUAUGGAUUGUCGGAGAGUACGCGGAGAAGAUCAGCAAUGCUGGUGACAUCCUUGGUGGAUUCGUCGACGGCUUCAAUGAAGAAUUUUCGCAGACUCAGCUGCAAAUUCUGACAGCGGUCGUCAAGCUUUUUCUGAAGCGACCUCAAGCUGCUCAAGGACUUGUAACGAAAGUUCUCACAGCAGCCACUGCUGAAAAUGACAACCCAGACAUCCGAGAUAGAGCUUAUGUCUAUUGGAGACUCUUGUCCAACACUACCGACCAGCAUGCCCCCAAGAACAUUGUGCUCUCAGAGAAACCACCAAUUACUACCACCAUCAAAGCACUACCUCAACCACUCCUUGAUCGCCUUCUCACUGAGCUCUCUACCCUCGCCUCAGUUUAUCAUAAGCCGCCUGAGCAAUUCGUUGGCGAAGGUCGCUUUGGCGCAGAUGCUGUCCAAAAAGCUGCUAUUGAAGAACAAAUACAAAAUGCGCAAGAAAACCCUCUGGCUGCCGACGCUGCGGCUGCAGCCGUGCAAGGCAGGGAUCCGCAGAAUGCCCAGGCAAAUGCUGAGAAUCUGCUCGAUAUUGAUUUCGAUGGUGCUGCUCCAGCAUCCAGCCAAGAGAAACCUGCCAAUGGCCUGUCAGGUCUUGAAGGCCUUGCAGGCACGCCUCAACGUGUCGUUUCUCCUUCUGUUCCAAGCCCUUCACAACCACAGGCUGCAACAAACAGUCUCGAUGACAUCAUGGGCAUCUUCGAUAAUGAUAAUGCAGCAACUUCCAGUGCACCGAGCUUCGGAGGCAUGUCAGAUAGUGAUAUAAUGAACGGUUUCGCUGGAAUGGAUCUCUCGGGACAAUCAUCACCUCCUCCUACCAAAACACAAACCGCCACAAGCAAUAGUGUAAAGAAAGGGAAUGAAGAUCUGCUAUCGCUCUUUUAG